UUGGGGGCCAAUUGCCGCUACGAUGUCUCGCGAGCUCUUGUCCGAGGCCACCAGCAUCCAUGAGGGCCCCGUGCCGGGAUACCUUCUGGACCAGAUCUCUCGUCAAUUGGGGGCGAACGACGGCACCCCCGCCGACAAGAUCGCCGACUUCUUGCUCAACCGUAUGGGCAAAAGCAACAUGAACGUCAAGUUGAAAGCGAUGCAAGUCAUCAACCAUUGCUUGAAGUGUGGCGACGCGGCGUUCAACCACCACAUACGACAGGACGAGCCCACGAUCCGCGCCCUUUCCAAUUUCCAAGGCACGGCCGAUCCAGCCUACGGAGACGAAAAGAACCGACGGGUUCGCAUGGCGGCGCUGGAAAUGCUAAACUACCUCGGCGUCCCGGCUAGCUUCAACAAGGACGGAGGUCCAGGGACGUUCAUGCCCCAGCCGUUUACGACCAGCCCACCUGCCAACACGAACUCGUGGGGAAAUAACCCUGCCGCCCACUCGUCGCAACGGGGAAAUGUCCCACCGUCGGCCCCCCAUCCUUCCCAAAACGGGCAGUUUAGGAACCCAGGAGCCUCCAAUGGUCCGUGGGGAAGUUCCCCCGCUACGUCCGCCCCGCGAUCUCCACCGGCGCCCUAUCGCGAUACCCCGCCCAACGCUCCAUCUUAUGGACACAACCCUCAGCCUCCUUCUCAAUAUGGACACAACCCGCCAUCUCAAUAUAGACACAACCAACAGCCAGCCCAACCAGGUCCGCCGCAAUAUGGGAAUUCUUCCCACGAAUCGUCCUGGCGGGGAAGUACUACUAGUAGUAGUACUACAGGUGCUACUAGUGGUCCUAGUAAGAAUGCUCCUGGUGGCGUCUGGAGCAGCAGCGGCUACGAGAAAAAGGAGCCCACCGCACAAGAAAUGAUUCCCAGUCGGUGGAACAGUGCGCGCGACAACCGGCCGACGGUUCUGAUUGGUCCAAAGACUUCGCUCUUUGGCGCGGCCAGGCCCAUGCCACCCGUGGUCGGCAACAUGCAGCAUCAGACAAGCAGCAGCAGCGGGGGCUUUGGCUCGUUCGUUCCACCGCCCGCACCUCCGUCCUCCUCGUCGUUUGGAGGUCCUUCGGCCGGACAUCGCGGCGGCGGCAUCAGUGGACUGUCUCAGCCCGUGUCAGAUCGACCGAAAAGUUCCAUCGAGCAGACUCUGGACGACGUCAAACGCAAAGGAUUCAUGCUCAAGGACAUGUGGGACCGACGCAACAUGGAUCGGUCGAUGGCGUCAUCAUUGGCCGAGCAUGAUGAUUACGUAAACCGCAACGCCACACUCGAUUCGCGGGGUCAGACGUACCAGCCACAGCCCACGACUGGCAGCUCCGACAAGAGCGGCCACAACAGCAGGACCAGUAGUAGUCUUAUACUCCCGGGGGUGGUGUACCUAGACUCUUCUUUUGACUGGGAGUACGAGCGCAGUCUUAUCGACGACCUAUGUCCCCCUGGAGGUCUCGCCAGAGCGCCGCCUGCAGAAAACCUGGCGCGCUUUUUGGAGUUAGCCAAGUCGUUGGACAUGACCAUCUUGGGCGAUUUGCUGCUCGAUAAGCUUGAAGACGACAGCUGGCAAGUCCGACUCAAGGGCCUCUGCGUGUGGGAAGCGCUGCUCGAAGCCCCCGGGUGUGCGCACUAUGCCGACUGGCUGCACGAAAACGUCGACUUGCUCCAGCAUGUGGGGCAAGAUCCAAAGGCGGCCGUGGCGACCAAAGCCAAGCGCGUGCUCCAACUCGUCGGCGCCGAGAUGUCGACGCCACCGGUCCAGAAGAAUCAGACUCAGGUGGACUUGCUGGCGAUGCAUGACCUGAAUUUGCAGUCACCGCCAUUCCAACCGCAGAAUCAGAAUCAGACGCAUGCCCCCCCACCAGAGAAUUUGCUCGACUUGACGUUUUCCCCAGUGCAAAGUGUUACUGCGACGACGGAUGUGCCCCUGCUGCUGCUGUCCCCCACGGCCCCCCUACCGCCGGAUGCAUCGCGGCACUUGGGGGAGUUUGGCAAGGAUUUGUUUACACUGGCCAACUCCCCACGGAACUCCCCUCAACCACCAGCCCCCCAACCUGAAAAGUCUGCGUUUUCGUUCAUGUAACGAGGCCGAAUCGACGCUGCAGAGACCACCAAUCGACUACUUAGUGUAUAUAUAUAGAUAGUAUGGGCGGCCAGGGUUGCCGUCGGACAACGAGAUUAAUACUAUUAUGCACACGAAAUAACCAACAA